AUGUCCAAAUUAAUGAUCCCAGCCAUCAAGGAUCUCUUUGUUGCAUAAGAAUUGCUAGCAUAAGACUUUCACAUUAUGUUAGAUGAACCCUUCCAAUUUUAUCAAAUCAAUUCCACUCUCAACGAUCCUGAAAUAGAAGAGCUCAUCAAUCACUUGAAACAAUUCAACUCCUUAAUUACAAACAAAAUCACUGUACUUUGUGAAAAUGGGCUUCUUGCUGUUUAUGGAGAUUAAAACAUUUCAGACUAUUACACACUUUGGUAAUAUUAGGUGAGAAAUUGUGUAUCUAAAGAUAAUUGCAUUGUAUUGGAUGCAUAUUCACAAAAAUGGAUUAAACCUGAAGUUUUUCCAGAUGGAAUGAAAUUUACAUUGCUUGUAGCAAUUAUGGGAAAAUAUAAAUGUAGUAUAAGUGAGAUGCAAGAUUUAGAGAUGUUUGUCUCUUUGACGAAAUCAUGGGAUCCCUAAAAUAUUUAUAGAGGAUUACUCCUCGAUUCAUAUCUUUAUUAAGUCAAUCCUGAUGACGCCCUUGAAAUCGGGAACCUAUCUUUUCUAAGUAGAACAUAUGUUAAUCAAACUGAGAAUUGGAUCGAGAGUUUGUAUGAAUCUUUGAAUGAUUGCGGGUUUCAAUUUAAAACAUUUGAGUAUGUUGGAGUAGACCAGAUAAAAUACAUUUGCAGAAGCACUCUAUUUUUUGUAUCUAAUCCCAUAGCCCAUCACUGUUAAAUAGUGGACAUCAACGAAAAGAAGAACUACUCUAUUUUGUUUAUAGAAACCUUCACUUUGAAUUUCAGAAAUGAGGCUGCUGGAUCACUGGAAGAACCCGAUAAAAUCAACCAGUAUAUAACCAUUCUAUUCAUUUCCUCCUUAAUAAUAUUUCUAUAUACAUGGAGACAGGGUGUUAAAGCUGGUCUCUCAUUUGUUGUUCCCUUACGUUUAAUGGGCAACAAGAUCUUAGAAUAGUCUGUUAUUGAUUUGAGUAAAUAAAACUUUAUUGUAAAUAAUUAUGAUGAAUAUCGUAAUUCAACUGAAAUUCGCUAAUUUAUUGAUGUUGUUAUUGAUUACGCCAAUAGUGUGAAAUAUCAAAGCAAUCAAUUUGAAUUAAAUGCAGAGGGAUUAAUGUUGAUGAGUAAUUCCAAAAAAUUCUUCAAAAAGUAAAACAAUCUCUCAGCAGUAGGAUUAUGCUCUAAUAACAUAGCCAGAAUUCACGCAAUCAAUAAAAGAUUCCUUGAAGCCCUUAAUGAAUAAGAGGAAUCUAUUUAAAUUGCAGAAUAAGAACUACAAAGUCUCCUACAAUUAAAUGAACUGCAUCACAAGAUGAGUACAAGUAGGAACUGGUUCAAAGUCUACGAGUCAUUCAAAAGUCGUCUAUUGUCUAAAUUCGUUGGUGAUGACAGAAUCUUUGAGAGACUCCAAUCCUAAAACUAUUAACCCCAACUCUCAAAAAUGAUAUCCAUGGAGUUCAAACAACGUAGUAAUACAAUGUAGUAGAAUGUCAAAAGAAAUUCAUAUGCAAGUUCGAAUACCGAAAGAAAUAAGAUAAAUAACCAAUUACAAAAUUUAAACAUCACUUCGAUAGCUUUAUUGUAGUAAAUUGAAAAAUCCAACCAAUCAGUAAUCAAAGAAGACAGUGUAAUCGAAGAAGAUUGUAAAAAUAUGGUUAAACUCAAAUUAUUGAAUAGACAAUACCAACUUCUAAGAAUAUUGAGUCAGUUUAGUAAUGAACAUGAUCAGUUAUUCUUAAAUGAAAUUCUUCAAUUGCUCUUACAAAUGAAAUCUGAAGCAGAAUAAUAAAAGCCUACUUCUGCCUUCCUUAACAAUUUAUAAUUCAAUCUAUCUUGUCAAUUAGUUUACUUCUAUACAAAAUCCAAUUAGAUUUCAAAAGCCAAAGGCUUGCUUAAACAUCUUCCAAAUCUUCAUACUCAAUAAAUUAAUCAAAUGACUAACAGCAUUAAUAUCUUUACUGAAGUACCUAUUAUCUUAGUCUAAUCAAAAAUAACACUUUUAAAGGCUAUCAUCGAUAUCAAAAUGAAUAAGAUUGUCUAAAGUUGUACAAAAUUGUUAUCGAUUCUGUCAAUGUCCAUGUAUGACCCAUAUCAAUACAACUAUGCAAUUAAAUUGCUGCAAUAAAUAUUCUACUCAUAUCGAUUAAACACAUCCUUAUUGGAGCAGUUUCACAUCACUAAUUAACACAUCCAAGCUAUUAUUUUAAUUGAUUACACCAAUCAAAUGACAGUAGAAUAGAUUAAAUUGUCACAUUCCAUUACAAAAUAUAUUCUGUCUCUAUUUACAUGUUAAGAUUAAGUAGGACUCUAUGCCAUAAAUUCAACUUUUCAUUAGAUCUUUCCUUUAUAGCAAUACCAAUCCUAUUUGUAAAAUAGUUGUAAUCGAUUGUUACUACCUCCUGGAGGAGAAUCUAAUCUGUUGUAAUUAUUAUAAUUGGCAGCAGGUUCAUUCUUCCUUAAAAAUAAAUCAAAAAUAAAGGAGGAAUAUACUUAAUUGAAUAACUCAAAUUAAUCAAUUCAAAAUGAAAGAUCAAUUUAACAUAGUUUGAGUAAUGCUGGAGAUGUGCUUGAUAAAUAUUUAUAGACAGACUAUCAUGACAAGAUUGAAGAUGAGGAGGAAGUUAAGUCCCAAUUAAGGAUCAUCAUUCUAUUUGCUGAAAUGGUUAAGGAUUAUACAUAAUAAAACAUUGAAAUAUUAAAGUAAAUUAUGAACAAAAGGAAAAUCCACAUCAUAGUUGUUCAAAUUGCUAAUUAGAAUUUAAAUAAAAUAUAUCUAGAAGCUUUGGGUGACUUGACUCCUUAAUCUUGUGUUCUCAAAUAAAAUCAAAUUAUAAAAUACUUUAAAUAAAUCAGGCCAUCACCAUAUAUUAAGAGAGAAUACAUAGAAUUCUUUUGA